CAUUCCAGCUGUGUUGGGGUAGAGGAGCACCAUGCUGUUGACAUUGACCUAUACCAUUGUCCCAACUGUGCAAUUCUCCAUGGACCUUCUCUGAUGAAGAAGAGGAGGAACUGGCACAGACAUGACUACACAGAGUUGGAUGAUGGUUCCAAACCGGUGCAGGCUGGAACACGGACCUUUGUUAAACAGCUGCGGGCUCGCUCUUUCCCAAGUGCUGAUGAAGUAAUUUUGAAAAUGCAUGGAAGCCAGCUGACACAAAGAUACUUGGAGAAACAUGGGUUCGAUGUUCCAAUUAUGGUUCCUAAAUUAGAUGGUCUGGGGCUCAGACUUCCUCCGCCAACUUUCUCCGUUUUAGAUGUGGAACGCUAUGUAGGUGGUGACAAAGUGAUAGAUGUAAUAGAUGUAGCAAGGCAAGCAGACAGUAAAAUGAAGCUCCAUAAUUAUAUUAAGUAUUUCACAAAUCCUGACCGACCAAAAGUAUUGAAUGUGAUCAGCCUGGAAUUCUCGGACACAAAGAUGUCUGAAUUAGUGGAAGUACCAGAUAUUGCCAGAAAGCUUUCAUGGGUGGAAAAUUAUUGGCCAGAUGAUUCUGUCUUCCCUAAGCCUUUUGUUCAGAAGUAUUGCUUGAUGGGUGUCCAGGACAGCUAUACUGAUUUUCAUAUCGAUUUUGGAGGAACAUCAGUUUGGUACCAUGUUCUCUGGGGUGAGAAGAUAUUCUAUUUGAUUAAGCCCACUGAUGAAAAUUUGGCUCUCUAUGAGUCUUGGAGUUCAUCUGUCACCCAGAGUGAAGUAUAUUUUGGGGACAAGGUUGACAAAUGUUACAAAUGUGUUGUGAAGCAAGGACACACUUUAUUUGUUCCAACAGGCUGGAUUCACGCUGUGCUCACGUCUCAGGAUUGUAUGGCUUUCGGAGGAAACUUUUUGCACAACCUCAACAUUGGCAUGCAGCUCAGGUGUUAUGAAAUGGAGAAGAGGCUAAAAACCCCGGAUCUUUUCAAAUUUCCUUUCUUUGAAGCCAUCUGUUGGUUUGUGGCCAAAAACUUACUGGAAACAUUGAAAGAACUGAGGGAAGAUGGUUUCCAGCCUCCAAGCUAUUUAGUGCAAGGAGUGAAGGCUUUACUUACUGCUUUAAAAUUAUGGAUGAAAAAAGAACUUGUAACAGAACAUGCCUUUGAAAUUCCAGACAACAUUAGGCCUGGGCAUCUCAUAAAAGAGCUCUCAAAAGUGAUUCGUUCUGUAGAGGAGGAAAACAGCAAACUAGUUAAAACUCAGGGAAUUCUUGGUGUGUGUCCAGCUUCACGGUCUUUGCAUGAAACAACUUACCCUCACCACUCCAGACGAAGGGCGAGGAAACUGCGAGACCAUGCUACCAAAACUCCUUCUAAUCUGGACAUCCUGGAGCUCCACACUAGGGAGGUGCUGAAAAGGCUGGAGAUGUCACCGUGGGAGGAGGAUACCACAAGCUCAAAACUGAAUGGGAGAUUUAACAAGCCUCUUCAGCCAUCAUCUACAGUACCUGAAUGGCGAACAAAAGACAAUGAUCUUCGCCUUCUGCUGUCAAAUGGAAGAAUAAUUAGAGAUGAGAGACGCCCAUUUACAGAUCGAAGUCUUUACACAGCAGAUAGUGAAGAUGAAGAUGACAGGACGAGAUCAAAAAAGACGACUGUUAAGGUAGAAGACCAGCCCUCAGGAUCUGAGGGAGAAGGAAAUACAGAUGCCCAGAAACCACUGAACAUGUUCUUUGAAAGCGUGAAAUCAGAACUCAGGAAUGGAUCCUCAGAGUACUCUGAUAUUUCUGAUUCAGAAGAAUCUGAGCCUGAUUGCACUACACAGCAGAAGGAUUCCUCCACAGAGGAGUCGGAAAGCUCAGGUGAUGAAGAGAAGCAGGAAGUAACAUCAAAUUUCAAGGAGGAAUCCAAGGUCACAAGAGACCUCUGUCAGAAUACCCAGAAGCCAUCCAGAAAUGAAACUCCCAAUAAAAAGGAAUGUCCUACCUCGACAAGUACAGAAGAAGAAGCUAUUCAGGGCAUGCUUUCUAUGGCAGGAUUGCACUAUACUACAUGUUUACCAGGUCAUACUCAAAGCACAGACUGCACAGAUAAAAGAACCUCUCUUCAGGAACACAGAAGCUACCCCAGGAGUCGGCAUAAAGACAGGCAGCCAUCUCAGAGCCACAGAACAAUAGAAUGUGGUAGGUCUGUGAAGGAAGAGGAAGGAGACUUGGGGACUUCAGCAUGGGCUAGACACCUGAAUGAAGCUUCCAGGAUUACCCCUCAGGAUACAAAUAAAGCUCAAAAAUACAUCAAGAAAGAGGGUGCGUCAGAAGCUAAUUAUAAGGUUCAGGAAAACAGAAGUAUAGUCCACAACAACAGCUUGAGUUUUCAGCAUGGCAAGUAUACACGAGACUCCAGUCUAAUUCAAGAAUGUCGGCUGAGUGAUGGCAGCCUUAGCCCUGACAGGCUGUAUGGUGAAACAUCCUUGUCUGUACCACUUCAUCCCACAAAGAGGCCAGCAUCAAACCCACCCCCUAUCAGCAACCAGGCGACAAAAGGCAAACGUCCAAAGAAAGGAAUGGCGACUGCUAAACAGCGCCUUGGGAAGAUCUUGAAGCUGAACCGGAAUGGCCAUGCACGCUUCUUUGUUUAAUGUAGCUGCUACUUCUACUACUGCUGUCUUUCCUACACAGACCAGUAUUGAGGUCAACAGAGCCUGGAGCUGCUGUUAUUCCUCUGCUUGAAGCAGACUUGCAUGUACCAUAUAAAACACUGCCUGAUGAACAAAAAUGAGAAAGAAAAAAAAAUACACAAAAAAAAACCAACCAACCCAAUGCUGCAUUUUCACUGUGCCACACCUGCUCAGCAAUAACCAUACGGGAAUGGGGAAAUCUUCAGAGAGACAUGGACUGUGAGAAAGUCUCUCAUCAGGGCUUGAAUAUCAUUUGUUGCUGGUAGUUUCUGAUCUAUUAAUGAGGGGAAGAUGAUGAAGGUGGUUUAUCAAUAAUUUAUUUCUGAUAGAUUUUGACAACUUUUAAAUUCAUUUAA